UGACCAAACCCCUAGGCCUCAAAGCUGCAAGACACUUCCUCACCCAACCCCCAUGUCAAAACCCCUCCAGCAGCAUGUAGCACCUCAGGUGUUGCACAAUGUUACCACAAGAUGUUCCAUGUAGAUAACCCUAACGGGCCCCCUAUCACAAGAUGUUCCUUUUAGACAGUCCUACUGGUUAAACUUGAGAACUAGGUUUAAAAACAGGAACUGAAAGGACAGAAUGCAAUUUUAUGGUUUUUCCGAGAACAAAAAGUUGAAAAACAAGUUUACCCCCCUAGGUGACUCAACUGCUGAAUUCAGAGGGACCAAUAGGAAGGCUGUUGCUGUGCUAAGCUAAGACCUAACCCACCUGUUCCAUAUAAAAGAUCUAUACCCCAAAGCCCGGUGUGCCAGCUCAUCGAAGCUCCGGCUGAGGUUUUGCUGUGCACCCGCAGGCGCCUGUGUGAGAAUAAACGCCUCCUGCUUUUUGCAGCCAGUGUCUCGUGUGGUUCAUUCCGGGUUUGGGAUCUGUGGAUAUUUCAUUGUGGAGGUUCCACCGAGAUCCAAGAUCCCGGUUCCGGUUCCGAUCCCGGUCCCUAUCCGGAGGACACCCGACAUCACUGGGAGGUAAGCUGGCCAGCUCAAACUGACUGUCUUGUUGUCCUGUUGGUUAUCUGUUCUUUGUUCCGCGCAGCGUCUGUAAGACUAUAUGAUCCUAGGCAUAGUCAUUUAGUAUUCUGAGUAUUCUGAGGCAGUUCUGUCAUUUAGUAUUCUGAGGCAGCUUGAGAAGGAGUUGACGAACUCGGACUUCUCCCCUGCCACCCUGGGAGACGUCCCAGGGAUCAGAAGGGUCCAUUUCUUUGGGGCCCCCGGUGUUUCCGAGGGUUACACCAUUUUUGUAGGCGACAAAGAAGUACAAACUUCUCCCAGGCCAUCUGAUUUGUUCGGUUUCCACCGAAGCCGCGCAGCGAUCUCACUGUUUGGUUUCGUUUUUGUGUCAUUGUGUCUGUCUCUCUAUUUCCUCUCUGAAAGUAACAUGGGACAAUCACUAACAACCCCUUUGAGCCUAACUCUAGAUCAUUGGCAAGACGUUCAAGAUCGGGCAGACAACCUGUCCGUGGCAGUCAAAAAGAAAAAAUGGAAAACUCUCUGUACUUCAGAAUGGCCAACAUUCAACACCAGCUGGCCAGCAGAAGGGACUUUUAAUACUGAUCUUAUUUUCCAGGUGAAAACCCGAAUCUUCACCCAUGGUCCUCAUGGACACCCUGACCAGAUACCCUACAUUGUUACCUGGGAGGACUUAGCCUCCAACCCCCCCCCCUUGGGUUGCUCCUUUCUCUCCACCCAAACCCCCUCUCCGUCCUCCCCUUGAACCCUCUGCUCCCCUCAUUCCACUUCCCCCUCCCCAAACCUCUCAUCUUUACCCUGUUCUUAACAAAUCUGAGACCUCAGUUAAAACAGGGACAACACCAAAGAAGGUUCUACCGCCGGAGGACUCAACUCUAAUUGACUUGCUGACUGAUGAGCCUCCUCCCUAUCAGCCCCAGCCCUUACAAGCCCCUGAACCUGAUCAAGCAUCCUCCGAGGACGAGAACCAAGAAGGCCCAGUCGCCAAUGCUCCCCCGGAUCCUUCUCCCAUGGUGGGACGGCUCCGGGGACGCCGGGAUCACACCGCCUCAGGAGACACCUCCAGAGUUCUCCCCCUGCGACAGACGGGAGGCCCCAAUGGCCAAUAUCAGUAUUGGCCUUUUUCUGCCUCUGACCUCUAUAACUGGAAAACCCAUAACCCUUCCUUUUCUAAAGACCCUACAGCUCUAACCUCUUUGAUUGAGUCUAUCCUAGUAACUCAUCAGCCAACAUGGGAUGACUGCCAGCAGCUCCUGCAAAUUCUCCUCACUUCAGAGGAGAAACAAAAAGUUCUUUUGGAAGCUCGCAAAAAUGUGCCAGGGGACGAUGGGCGUCCCACCCAACUCCCAAAUUUGAUUAAUGAAGCUUUUCCUUUAACCCGGCCAAACUGGGACCAUGCGACUGAAGCAGGUAGGGACCACCUACGUCUCUAUCGCCAGUUACUCAUAGCGGGUCUCCAUGCAGCAGGGCGACGACCCACUAAUUUGGCUCAGGUAAGACAGACUACCCAAGGGGCAACAGAAACCCCGACAGCAUUUCUAGAAAGAUUGAAAGAGGCAUAUCGGAGGUUUACUCCUUUUGAUCCUGAUAGCGAGGACCAAAAAGGAAAUGUAUCUAUGGCUUUCAUUUGGCAGUCCGCCCCAGAUAUCAGGUCUAAAUUGCAGAGACUAGAUAACUUGCAAGAUUUUUCUCUGGCAGACUUACUGAAGGAAGCCGAAAAGAUAUAUAACAAAAGAGAAACUCCAGAAGAACGAGAGGACAGGAUCAGAAAGAUGCAGGAAGAACGAGAACUUAAGCUUAGAGAGGAAUCAGACAAAAAAGAAAGGGAAAGAGAACAAAGGCGUAACAGGGAACUAAGUAAAAUAUUGGCCACCGUAGUUCAGGCAGGACAUCAGGGAAACAAAGUAAACAGGGACAGGGAGCAAAGCAGACCCCGUGUAGACCGAGAUCAAUGUGCCUACUGCAAGGAAAAAGGACACUGGGUAAAAGACUGCCCAAAGAGACCCCCCAACCCCAGGAAAGAUACCAACCGGGCUCCCCGACUGCUAACAUUAGAUGAGGAUUAGAGGAGUCAGGGCCAGGAGCUCCCCCCUGAGCCCCGGGUAACUCUACAAGUAGGGGAGCAACCUGUGACCUUCCUAGUGGAUACCGGAGCCCAACACUCAGUGCUGACACAGACACCAGGACCCAUGAGCCACAAAACGACGUGGGUCCAAGGUGCCACUGGGAGUAAACCCUACCGGUGGACCACCACGAGAGAAGUACACCUUGCCACAGGUAAGGUUUCUCAUUCGUUCCUACACGUGCCUGACUGUCCGUAUCCACUGUUGGGAAGAGACUUAUUGGCUAAAUUGAGAGCCCAAAUUUAUUUUAAAGAUGGGGGCGUCUCCAUCACGGGGCCAAACCAGACUCCAUUACAUAUAUUGACUUUCAAAUUGGAAGACGAAUAUAAACUUUUUGACAAGCCCUCGGUACCUAUGAAAGACAUGGACUAUUGGCUUAGUUCCUACCCGGAGGCCUGGGCUGAAACCGGAGGAAUGGGAUUGGCAAAACAACGGCCCCCAAUAGUCAUUCAUCUGAAGGCCGCUGCUACUCCCAUUAAUAUCAAACAAUAUCCUAUGUCAAGAGAGGCCUAUCAGGGCAUCAAGCCGCAUAUCAAACGCCUCCUAGACCAAGGCAUCCUAACACCUUGCCAAUCGCCCUGGAACACCCCACUACUACCAGUUAAAAAGCCGGGGACUAAUGAUUACAGACCAGUCCAAGACUUAAGGGAAGUUAACAAGAGGGUAUGCGAUAUCCACCCCACAGUGCCAAAUCCUUACAAUCUCCUUAGCACUUUGCCUCCUACUCAUACUUGGUAUACUGUUCUGGAUCUGAAAGAUGCUUUUUUCUGCCUAAGACUGUCUCCCCAAAGUCAGGCUCUCUUCGCAUUUGAAUGGAAAGAUCCAGAAGGGGGAAUCUCUGGACAGCUGACCUGGACGAGACUGCCACAAGGAUUUAAAAACAGCCCAACACUCUUCGAUGAGGCUUUGCAUCAGGAUUUGGCAGACUUCCGUGUAAGGCACCCUUCCCUAAUCAUGCUCCAAUAUGUAGAUGACAUCUUGCUGGCUGCGACCUCCGAGGAAGAUUGCCAGGCAGGUACGGAGAAAUUAUUGCAAACUUUGGGGCUACUAGGGUAUAGGGCGUCAGCAAAGAAGGCCCAAAUCUGUCAGACAAAAGUUACCUAUCUGGGCUAUGAACUCCAUGAUGGUCAACGAUGGUUGACAACUGCCAGAAAAGAGACUAUCUCAAGUAUACCAACCCCCCAGAGUCCCAAGCAACUGCGGGAAUUCCUGGGGACCGCAGGUUUCUGUAGACUCUGGAUUCCUGGGUUUGCUGAGAUAGCAGCCCCCUUGUAUCUACUAACUAAGCAAGGUAACUCCUUUGCUUGGACUAAGGAACAUCAAUUGGCAUUUGAUAACAUCAAAUUGGCUCUUCUGUCAGCCCCUGCUUUGGGCUUACCGGACAUUACCAAGCCCUUUGAUCUGUUUAUAGAUGAAAAACGGGGAUAUGCAAAAGGGGUUUUAACCCAAAAACUAGGGUCCUGGAGGCGACCUAUAGCCUACCUGUCAAAGAAAUUAGAUCCAGUGGCAGCAGGAUGGCCACCAUGCCUCCGGAUGAUUGCAGCUGUGGCUCUGCUGAUUAAGGAUGCCACUAAACUGACUUUGGGACAGCCAUUAACCCUGUUAACCCCUCAUGCCAUCGAAACUGUGAUUCACCAGCCGCCUGAUCGCUGGAUGUCAAAUGCCCGACUCACCCAUUACCAGUCUUUGUUAUUGGACACCGACCGAAUUCAGUUUGGUCCCAUGGUGACGCUGAAUCCAGCGACCCUCCUGCCGCUCCCAGGAAAAGCCGAUCCUCACAACUGUCAGCAGAUUCUUGCAGAGACACAGGGAACCCGGCCGGACCUCACCGACCAACCGAUGAAGGAUGUGGAGCUGGUCUGGUACACAGAUGGAAGCAGUUAUCUGCUCAAUGGAGAACGACGAGCAGGAGCAGCCGUCACCACCGAAUCUGAGGUAAUAUGGGCGAGUGCACUUCCGGGCGGAACAUCAGCUCAGCGGGCAGAACUGAUAGCGCUGACUCAAGCGUUAAAGUUGGCAGAGGGGAAGAAACUAAACGUGUACACUGACAGUAGAUAUGCCUUUGCUACUGCUCACAUACACGGAGAAAUUUACAGACGCCGGGGUCUACUAAGCUCAGAAGGAAAAGAGAUCAAAAUUAAGGCUGAAAUAUUAGCCUUACUUAAAGCUUUAUUCUUGCCUAAAAAGUUAAGUAUCAUACAUUGCCCCGGUCAUCAAAAAGGUAAUACUCCAGAGGCCAAAGGGAACAGAUUAGCAGAUGAAACGGCCAAGAAAGCAGCCCUAGGGCCACAGCUUUUGAUAGUGACUCUAUUGCCCCAACGAGCAGACCCACCACAUGAUGGGAAAUAUCAAGGAAAGACUAUCAUGCCCCUCAAAAAUUCAAAACAAUUAGUAAAGUCCCUACACAGACUGACACACCUUGGGGCUAAAAAGAUGAAGGAGCUCUUAGAGCGUGGGGAAGGUACUUUAUAUCUUCCAAACAGGGAUCAACUUCUGCGCCAAGAAGCAGAAAACUGUCAAGCAUGUGCCCAGGUAAAUGCUGGUAAGAUCAAAAUUGGAACAGGGAUCCGGGUAAAAGGCCAUAAGCCCGGAACCCAUUGGGAAAUAGACUUCACUGAAAUUAAACCUGGUAUGUAUGGCUACAAAUAUCUUCUGGUUUUUGUUGACACUUUCUCUGGAUGGACCGAGGCAUUCCCAACUCGGCAUGAGACUGCUAAGGUGGUUGCAAAGAAAUUACUGGAAGAAAUCUUUCCCAGGUAUGGAGUACCCGGGACCAUUGGGUCAGAUAACGGGCCUGCCUUUGUCUCCCAGGUAAGUCAGAUGGUGGCCAAUACAUUGGGGAUUAAUUGGAAAUUACAUUGUGCUUAUAGACCCCAAAGUUCAGGACAGGUAAAAAGGAUGAAUAGAACCAUCAAGGAGACUCUAACUAAAUUAACGCUUGAAACUGGCACUAGAGACUGGGUACAACUCCUACCUUUAGCUUUAUACCGGGCCCGAAACACCCCAGGCCCACAGGGGCUAACCCCAUUUGAGAUUUUGUACGGUGCACCACCACCUGCUGUUAACUUUUAUGAAACUGAAACUUAUGCCUCCCUCACCCCAUCUAUGCAGACUCAUUUGCGUGCCUUGCAGUUGGUCCAGAACGAGGUUUGGAAGCCUCUAGCCGCAGCAUACAAGGAGGAACUCAAAACCCCCUCGCUGCCACAUCCCUUCAAAGUCGGAGACACCGUCUGGGUACGCAGGCACCAGAGCAAGAACCUCGAACCGCGGUGGAAAGGACCUUACACCAUCCUGCUGACCACUCCCACUGCAAUCAAAGUGGACGGCAUCACCGCUUGGAUCCACGCUUCCCACGUGAAAGCUGCACAUCCGCAGGAGCCCACAGACGCCUCUCUGGAUCCAGAAUGGAAACUGCAACGCACCCAAAACCCGCUAAAGAUAAGACUUACACGUUGUUAAUCACUCUUGCUCUCUACGCUACUCCCCUCGUCCUAGGUAGUAAUCCCCAUACCCCCAUGAAGUUGACUUGGCAGGUGUAUUCCGAAACCGGAAAAAUAAUUUGGUCUAUUACAGCAGCCCACAUCCCUGGCACAUGGUGGCCUAUUUUGACCCCAGACUUUUGUCAACUAGCCGCUGAAUCAGACUCUUGGGAUAUUCCCGGCAACUCACAUGACCUCAGUACUUAUUGUUCUACCCCCAUAACGAGAUGCAGACUGGGUCAACAUGACUUUUACGUUUGUCCCAAAGAAGGGAGAAACCGAACCCAAGCACGUAGAUGUGGAAAUUAUAAAACAUACUUUUGCUCCUCCUGGGGCUGUGAAACUA